AUGGAUGCAAAGCCUCAAAGACCACUGCGAAUCCUGAAGAUCCGCGACGAGAACCUCCCUCCUCAACUACCCUCUGGAAAGACCAUCCACCAUAGGAACAAGUCAACUCCAGCAUUAUCAACACUCAUGCAGGCCGGUGCUCUCAAGCCUACCGCCAAACGGACUGCUUUCGCAGAUGUAAGCAAUACAACAAAAAAUCCAGCAAUAAGAGAUGACAUCGUCGUUGGCGGAAAGAAAGGUAGCGAAGUCCCCAAGGACCCGACGGACAUCUCAAUUGCUGAGUUGACCAAACCCCCGGCCAUACUAAGGCCAGCUCAAAGACCACUGCAACACGCGGGAAUUAAGGCUCAUGGUCAUACUUCGACAUUACCAGUCGUCGCUCCGCUAAAAGUCGCGCCAAGAGAGACUAUCACGCAGGAUCAGCCGGCUGCGUCGCGUCGACUGGUUGGCAAGAAGAGUACGGCAGUCUUCCGAGAGACAUAUUCGCAAGAAUAUACGGCCAUUUCAGAUCCAGAACCCGCUAAGGUAGUUCCGGUUCCGAGCAACGGCGCAUCGUUACAUCAAUCUCUGAAUGCUCGUCGUGAAGCUCACUUGGAUGCGCUAAUACAGACGGCUGCUGAAGAUGCUGUCAAGCGCCCGACAAGACUGGAAGCGCGCUCAGUGCCCGCUGUCGAGGCUGUUCUCAGAGCAGAGAAGGAGUUCGUCGAGCCGCGCCCGUACGAAUCUGCAGACGCAUACGACACUGAGCCAGCACCCAUUCCUGCGGAGGAAAGAAAUCUCUAUCUCGCGUCCCUAGAAGAUCAAGCUCUAGUGUAUGAACAACAACGUGACGAGGAAAUUGCAAAAAAUGCAACUGCACCAGCCUCUGAAUUGAUUGAAUACUGGGACGCCGAAGAGGAGGAAGAGGAAGAGUUCUACGACGCAGAAGGUUACACUACAGCACGCUCCUUGCGCUCCAGGGGUGACAAUACCACUCAGGGUGUCACUAUUGUCCUCGUACCGGUCGUAACCCAGAAGGUCGAAAGAGAACUUGCCAUUGCUAGACUCCAGGUUGAGUCGACACGUUCGAUUGAAGAUGUUGAAGACGAACAGUAUGACACAUCCAUGGUCGCUGAAUACGGAGAAGAGAUUUUCGACUACAUGAGAGAUCUUGAGGAACGCAUGCGACCAAACCCAUACUACAUGGACGCCCAAGCAGAGAUCCAAUGGUCCAUGAGGUCUGUACUCAUGGAUUGGCUUGUCCAAGUCCAUCAUAGGUUUACGUUGCUCCCUGAGACUCUAUUCCUCUCAGUUAACUACGUCGAUCGCUUCCUUUCCUGCAAGGUUGUCUCUCUUGGCAAGCUUCAACUCGUUGGUGCGACAGCCAUAUUCGUCGCAGCCAAAUACGAAGAGAUCAAUUGCCCUUCCGUGCAGGAGAUAGUCUACAUGGUCGAUGGCGGAUACAACGUCGAGGAGAUUCUGAAAGCAGAACGCUUUAUGCUUAGCAUGCUUCAGUUCGAGCUCGGCUGGCCCGGUCCUAUGAGCUUCCUUCGUCGCAUUAGCAAAGCUGAUGAUUACGACCUCGAGACACGUACUCUUGCCAAAUACUUCCUAGAAGUUACUAUCAUGGACGAACGCUUCGUUGGGUGCCCACCUAGCUUCACCGCUGCCGGUGCGCACUGUCUUGCGAGGUACAUGCUCGGCAAGGGAGAUUGGUCUCUUCACCACAUCCAUUAUUCAGGCUACACCCUGAAUCAGCUACGACACCUGGUCAACACCAUUCUUGAAUGUUGCGAAGAUCCACGAAAACACCAUCAAGCUGUGUUUGAUAAGUACGCCGACAAAAAAUAUAGGUCUGCUUCCAUCUACGUAGAGACGGAGCUCAGGCGUGGAUGGUGCAUGCCGCAGCCUAUCAAGUCGAGGAACAGCAUUGUAGAUGGCUUGACUCACAAGAUUCGCAACCGUCAGUCAUGA